CUUGCUAAUAAUAGCGCUAGCGUUUUGAGGAAGAGCAGGUGACUGAUAGAGAUGAGUCAGUUCAGUGGGAGCUUUUCUUUGUUUCCCGUGACACACGGGGCCUGUUGGAUUCAGGCAAAGUCAAGCCCAGAAGAAAAGUCACCCUGACCUGUUUCAGAGCCCCUUGAGGUCCCAAAGAGCAGGACAGAGGACUCUCCCCAGCCAGAACACUCCUUAGGGUAGAGGACAAGGACUUCUAGUCUGAAGCAGAGGGUGACCGAGCUGCUCUGUCCCUGAACCCAUCAUGGAACAGAUCGAUGGAUCUCUUCAGAUGGAGCAUGCACUGCUGUUCACCUUCCUGGAGGUGUCCUCUGACUGCAAGUUCAGAGACCAGCUGCAAUCCCUGCAAAGCCCGCGGAUCAUGUGGUGCCAAGCAAACGAUGACGAUGAGCUUCAGACCGAUGGCAACCGGAGUGGCCACCUUCAGAAUGGUGAGCUAGAGGGGGCUCCAACGAAUGAAGAGGUUAUCCGGAUCAUUGCUGCUCAGCUCGCUGAGAUCGGAGACCAGUUUGAUAAAGAAAUCCAAGGAAGAGUAGUAAAUGACCUUGUGCAGCACUUCCUGGAUGCAAAGCUGUCUAAAGAGGAGAUAAUCCGGCACAUGUCCAGGAUAGUGGAAGAGCUCAUACGAUCCAUCCCUGCAGACAUGGAGCACGAGAAGGCCAUGUUGGUGCUGGCAAUGGUCUUGGCUAAGAAAGUUUUGAAUACAGCACCCUCCCUCCUACGCCGUGUCUAUGACACCACUCUGAACUACAUGAACCAGUUCCAUGACUACAUUGUGGAUAUGCUGGGUGAAUGAGCUCUCCAGCCCUGUGUGGAUGCCUGAAGAUUUUCCUUAAAGGAUGAAAUUCACUUGAUUUACUUUUAACUUCUGAAACCCAUCUGUAAAAGGGAUGGCAGAUGAUAGAUAGGCUUUUGUAGACUAGUACAACAGUAGUGCUGGGAGCUGCCAGGAGCAGCUCUGCCAGGACCUGUAGGGAGUAGCGCUUGCCUCGCUCCUUUACAGUAUUUUUAUUUUAGCAGCAGCAAUCUUUGUGCAGAGCCUGCCUUGUGUCUCUGCAGGCCCAAUGGGCACAGGGCCUGCCCUCUGUGUUUUUCUGAGCAGCUGUAGCAUUUAGCUUUAGUUAUUCACUUCCCAGCCCUGCUCCUGCAGCUGAGCCGUGCUGAAUGCUGUUCCCAGGAGUGGUUCAUCAGCAGAAUCAUCCGUGGGGUGGGUGGGAGUCAGGUCUGUCUUGAUGAGAAGCUGGCAGCAAGAGGGAACAGAGCCCUGAGGGAUAGAGGGGGGUGUGGCCAGACAAGGCUGGCACCAGGAUAUCUCAGUAUCAAUCACUAUACACCUGGGUUUGCUUGAAAAAUAAAACUGAUGGGAAAACUGUAAAGAAAAGGGCAGGGUAGGCACAGGGCAAGUCCUUUGGGGAAUGCAGCCUGGAUCUGGUUAAGAAAAAGUAGCAUAUCUUUUAGUUACAUCUCAGGUUGAACAAACUUGGACUCAGGUUGCUUGAUACAUAAUCACACAAGGUGGUAAAUGUGCCACCUGUGAUCCAGGGGCCUCGGGACUUUCAAUAUUUAAAUAUUUUGGCGUUUUUUAAUAUAAAUAAAAAAUUCAUUUCUGAUGGCUACUCCA